UUCGGACGAGUUCCAUUCUCAAAGAAAAUGAAUUGGUCUAUUCGUCUUGCGCUUUUAGGUUUCGUGGUGCUCAGCACCCAAACCGUCUUUGCUGUUGGACAAGCUGCAACACCAUGGGAGAACUCGCAACUGGCAGAGGACUUCAUCAACAGUUUUCUGAGAUUCAUUGCACAAAGUGGCGCUUUCUCCCCAAACCAACUGGAUGACAUGUCUUCCAUUGGAGACACCUUGAAGACUGCAAUUGAAAAAAUGGCCCAAAGCCGAAAAAGUUCUAAAUCGAAGCUUCAGGCAUUAAACAUGGCGUUUGCUUCUUCCAUGGCUGAGAUUGCUGUAGCAGAGCAAGGAGGUCUAAGUUUAGAAGCAAAAACUAAUGCCAUCGCAAAUGCCCUCGCUUCAGCCUUUUUGGAAACAACUGGCUUUGUAAACCAACAGUUUGUCAGCGAAAUCAAAAGCCUAAUUUAUAUGAUUGCUCAGGCAUCAUCAAAUGAAAUUUCAGGUUCAGCUGCAGCUGCCGGAGGAGGUUCUGGAGGAGGAGGAGGCUCUGGCCAAGGAGGUUAUGGACAAGGAGCAUCUGCAUCUGCUAGUGCCGCCGCUGCAUACGGCUCGGCUCCACAAGGUGCAGGAGGGCCAGCCCCACAAGGACCAUCCCAACAAGGACCAGUAAGCCAAGGACCAUAUGGACCUGGCGCAGCAGCUGCAGCAGCAGCUGCUGGAGGAUAUGGACCAGGAGCUGGACAACAAGGACAGCAAGGUCCAGGAGGAGCAAGACAACAAGGUCCAGUAGGUCAAGGACCCUACGGACCAGGAGCAGCCGCCGCCGCAGCAGCAGUAGGAGGAUAUGGACCAGGAGCAGGACAACAAGGACCUGGAAGUGGUGGACAACAAGGACCUGGUGGUCAAGGACCUUAUGGGCCAAGUGCAGCCGCCGCAGCAGCAGCCGCUGGACCAGGAGCUGGACGACAAGGACCUGGAAGUCAAGGACCAGGAAGUGGUGGACAACAAGGACCUGGUGGUCAAGGACCUUAUGGACCAAGUGCAGCCGCCGCAGCAGCAGCCGCUGGAGGCUAUGGACCUGGAGCUGGACAACAAGGACCUGGAAGUCAAGGACCAGGAAGUGGUGGACAACAAGGACCUGGAAGUCAAGGACCAGGAAGUGGUGGACAACAAGGACCUGGUGGUCAAGGACCUUAUGGACCAAGUGCAGCCGCCGCAGCAGCAGCCGCUGGAGGCUAUGGACCUGGAGCUGGACAACAAGGACCUGGAAGUCAAGGACCAGGAAGUGGUGGACAACAAGGACCUGGUGGACAAGGACCAUACGGACCAGGAGCAGCCGCCGCCGCAGCAGCAGUAGGAGGAUAUGGACCAGGAGCAGGACAACAGGGACCUGGAAGUCAAGGACCAGGAAGUGGUGGACAACAAGGACCAGGUGGUCAAGGACCUUAUGGACCAAGUGCAGCCGCCGCAGCAGCAGCCGCUGGAGGCUAUGGACCUGGAGCUGGACAACAAGGACCUGGAAGUCAAGGACCAGGAAGUGGUGGACAACAAGGACCUGGUGGUCAAGGACCUUAUGGACCAAGUGCAGCCGCCGCCGCAGCAGCAGCUGGAGGAUAUGGACCUGGAGCUGGACAACAAGGACCAGGAAGUGGCGGACAACAAGGUGAUUUAUAUUUCCGUGUAUACUGA